AUGAGGAAGGAUACAGGCAACAAGAUGGUUAAACCCUUCAGAGGGCUGGGGACCUCUCCCGACCCCCCAACAUCUCCUUCAUCCACAUCAACAUCCCCGGGCAGCGACAAAUUCUUCGGAGGGCCGUACCAUCCUCCUUCGCCGGUACGCUCCUCAGCUCCCUCUUCCUCCGAAAGCGGCAGUGGGAGCGAAAGCCCCCUCACGAGGAUCUUGAAGCAGCACCUUGGUGAUUGCAGACUACGCCCGUCAGCGAAGCGCGGGCCAACCUACUUCGUUUUAUACGAUAAGGAGAAGGCGCGACUCCCGACCUGUGUAGUCUCUCCUUCCCGGCCACUCGAAGUCAUCGACCUGGAGGCAGAGGACGACACACAAACCCCCGCCAACCUGAACCCACUUCCCGCUUCCCAGCCGCUGGAGAUCACCAACCUGGAGGCAGAGGAGGAGGAAGACACGCAAAUCCUCUCCUGCCUGAGCCCACCUUCCCACUCCCAAUUGGUGGACAUUGUGGACCCAGAGGAGGAGGACUCAGAGCUUCCACCCGGGCAAGGAAUACCACCUCUGGAGGCUGGAGGGGAUGAAUUUGAUGGAUGGAUCCAUUUUGGAUUCAUCAAGGCUGUUAAAACCGCUGUGCUCCAUCUACUCAACACAGCGAUCAAAAUGUUCCUGGAAGAGACAUGUUACGGCUGUUCAGUCAAUCACCCAAAACGUGUGAAGACAGCCAUGGCGGGGAAGAAUUUAAUAAGGAGAGCAUUUUACACUCCAGCCCAUCCAGGUAGUUUUGGUGGAGUAGAUAGGUUACGGCGAGGGGUCCAAAGUGACACGGGUAAAAGAAUAGCGAUUGAGAAAGUAAAAGAUUUUUUUUUAUCGGAACAAGAUACCUAUACUCUGCAUAAACCCGCCAGAAUAACAUUUCCGAGAAAUAGAGUUUUUGUCACUGGGCCGCUGAAACAGUUCCAAGCAGACCUAUGUGACAUGCAGGCCUUGUUCGGAGAAAAUGAUGGUUAUAAUUAUUUAUUAACCGUUAUUGACAUAUUCUCCAAAAGAGCCUAUGCUAGGGUUUUAAAAAGGAAGACUGCUUCUGAGGUGGCAAAAACAUUUGAAUCUGUUUUAAAAGAGAGUCAGAUUCCAAAGAAACUUCAAACUGAUGCCGCUACAAUAACGAGUAUCAUUCAAGCAUUAAAAGUGUUUGAAAAGAGUUUCACAGAUGAGAUCUUUAUAGUGACAGAGGUGAUAAAACAAUCGACCCCUGUAUUCAAACUCAAAGAUUUGGAUGGAGAGACUUUUCAAGGCGCUUUUUACUCAGAGGAGCUUCAAACAGUAAAAUUGUCAAAAGACAAGAUGUAUCAAGUUGGUGAGAUAUUAAACAAGCGCACGGUCAGAGGGGUUAAACAGGUUUUGGUGCGUUGGAAAAAUUGGCCGGAUAAAUUCAACAGCUGGGUAAGAGAAGCUGAUCUAUUGGAUGUUUAA